AUGAGGCAUUCUCUUCCGGAGAUUCAUAAAAAGAGCCGCAGCGUUUUAGAUUCCGCUGAAGAGGACUUCCGCGAGCGGGAUCGGUGGCGCACGGUGCACCGCGUGUGCGGCAGUGCCAUUGGCCACGACGGAUACCUCAAGAUGCUUCAGGGCGUGCGCAAAAAAUUUUUGCAGCGUGCGGCGUACAACCCGGUGGAUCAACUUCCACGCAUUAUGCAUCCGUGGCUGCCAGUUGGGGCAACGACUUUGGCGGAUGGCGUUAACGCCUCGCGCUUUUCAGAGGGGCUCCGCUUCACAACAGAGAACGGUCACCUCACGGCCCGCGCGGCUCAUGUGGAGGUGCUCCAAACGCCGCUGUGCGUGCUGGAGGCGGAGGAGCGACAGUACUUGAUGGACACGGAGCUCUGGGAGCGGCGAGUGUUGCACCAGAUGAUGGUUGUGAGUUACGUCACAUUUGUACUGCGAGAGGAGUUGGAUGAAUUGCAGUACCGCGAGUGUGAGGAGCGGUCGAACAUUCGCUACGAGGAAGAGAAGGAGCGUUACUGGUUGCAGAAUGAGUCGGAGACAAGUAAGGGGGUCGAGCGUUGUAAAGCCGCCCUGCGUGCCAAGAAGGAAAAGCAGCGGCGACUAGAAGAGGCGGAUGUGUUGUACCCCCUCAGCAAGUCAGCUCACACGUCCCUCGUCUAUCAAGAGCCACAGAAGGAGCCGGAUGCGCGUCUUAUUCUUCAGCGUUAUGUGCGGCUGAAGCACGGCAUUGAUAGCGCCCUGGCCCGCACUCCAUCCCCUGAGCAGCAAACGCGACCAUGUCAACAGCGAGAACAACGGCGUGGGGUGUUGCCUCCUCUGGCGCCGCAAACUGUUCCCGCGUCUCGUACGUUGGUGCGCAGCGCUCUGCGGAAUGCCUUGGGCAUCGCGGACUACGUUGCUAUCUUGGAAAAAGAUGUCGAGGCGCGCAGCAUCAUUGAAGAGUGCGAACGAAAAGAAUUUGAGAGUAUCCUGAGCUUGUUUGAGGAGCAGAUCCUUCUCCUUCGAACCUGGAAGUACAAACGCAUGCACCUCAAGCGUCUGCUGUAUUGGAGGGGUCAAGGGGAGGAACGGCGCCAGAAGAUACAGACGGCGUUGGAGAAACAUGCGAUGAAGCGGAUGCCACAGUUCUCUUCUGAGCGUGACGCAUGCGUGGGAAACGAGAAGGAAGAACGUGAGAGGAUCCGCAUUGAGGAGUCUACUUGUCGCGAGUUGAUGCGGAAGGCGUGUGAGGAGGAGUCCAUGAGGGCAAAUGUGGGCGCUCUUCUUGCCGAACACGAAGAGAGUCGCACAUCCAUUGAGGAGGAUGAGGCCGUGGCCCGUCAACUGUGGGUGCAGGAUUUGGAGCUGGCGCUUCGCAUCUCUUUUACGAAGGAGUGCGAGGAAACGGUGAGUAUGAUUGUGCCCGCUCAGAUUUCCCUGCUGCAAUUUCUUUAUCAGCAGCAAGGAGCACACGGCAGUCAGAUUGUCAAAAUUCAACGAACCUUCCGUCGCUGGAAGGAGGGGCGGUUUGGCUGGCGCAUCACCCACCGCGAGAUUGGACGGAUCAUCCAGGCAGGUCGCGAUGCAAGGAAGAUUCAGCGUGGCAUGGAAUCGCUGCGUUCCUUCAAGGCAUCUCUAUUGGCGGACUGCAGGGCUAUUGAGGAUGAGAUUUUUGCGAUACACGGUGCAGAGAGGGCGGAUAUUUUGGAGAAGGAGUUUAUGCAUCGAGUUGUCAUUAAUUCCCAGGAAGAGUGGGAGAUAGCUGCGCUGCUCCGAGAGAAUCGACAACACAUCGUUGAUAAAAUUAUUUUGCCGAGGAAAAGUCGGUGUAUUCAAGAGGAGAUGGACCAGCGCCGAGAGGUGGACGUCGGCGAGGAGUUUGAAAGGAACCGCUUUUGCUCCUUUUUCUAUCGGAGUUUGUGCGCAAUAAAGGGAAAGACGAUGAUACAGGAGCGGGAGGAGGCCGAGCGGGUCUUCGUCGCAUUGGACGAGGCGGAGUCGUUCCGCAAUAUAUUUGACUUGGAACUGGAUGAGCGUGAAAUCCUGCGCAUUGCAGCUUUGGAGCGGGAGGAGGAGCGUGAGGAGGAACGCCAGCUACUGGCCAUAUCCCUCCUGGAGUCGAAGUACGAAAGUCAGCAAGGACACGUGGAGAAUAUUUUUCGGCUUAUGUGUCUAUGUAAAGAGGGGGCGAUUGAAAUAGAAGCCACCGAUCCAUCGAUACGGAACGGGCUUUUUGAGGCAUAUCUUGCAGGUUGUCUUCCCCUGCUUGAGGAGGCAUCGCUCCACUGUCACAGAGAGUAUGCCGCCGCCCUACAGCGAGAUUACCGUCAUACGAUUUAUAAUAGCUCCGUGGAUCUUCUUGUUGGGAGUGAAGAAGUGGCUCGCCACAGGGUCCUGCAGACGGAGAGAGAAGUGGUGCUGGGGAUUGUAAAUGAAAUACGUCGUGAGACGGGCGAGCAACUGCGAAGGCUUCAGGAGAAAACGGGAGCUGCCAAUGCCAUAAAGAGUUUUUACCGCCGCUACAAAAAUGGUGAGGUGGGACGAACGGGCAUGCGACGUUUUCUCCGAGAGGCUUUGGUAGAGAAACGCGAGAAGCUUGAACUGGCUCGGAUACAUAAAUCUCAGCGAAGAGAUAUUCAGCGCUACAGAGAUAUUCUCGAGGAGGAAAUACGACUAGCCUACUUGGAGAAGCAGAGGGCCAUUGAAUUCAAGAUGCAGGUGCUGGAAUAUAAAACAGAGCCAUGGGGACGCGCCGAAUUGGAGAAAAUGGAAAGGAUGAUGUUUGACAUCUUUUUGAGUAACUGCUCCUACAUUGAAUCCACCUCAUGGGCGGACCCUACGACUGUCUUGCGGCAAAUGGAGUCGCACGAGCGUGUUUCUAUUGUGCGUGAAUGGCAAACGGCGUUUGAGAAGGUAUUUGAACCCAAGAAAAGUGAUUUUCGGCUUGAAAUAAUGGCAUGCAAGUUGCAACGGUUUUGGUGCCGUUAUUCGGCGCGGAAGCGGCAGUUGUUUUUUGUAAAUGAGUGCAUGCAGCAGCUUCUGCGGGAAGAAGCACGGCGUCGCGCCGAGCUGGAGCUGCUUGAGAUGGAAGGGCGGGUGUGUGAUGUGUUGAAGCCCAUGGAGGGGUGUGCGCUGCUUCGGGGUUAUUUGAUAAAUGAUGUGCCCUUUUUUCUGGAACACAUGUGUUUUGACAUCUCCUUGGAAGUUGGGAUUUUUGAAGACGAGUGGCGAGACCGCAUGCUGCUCCUGUGGAGGAUGCGGCACAGCGCAUUUGAGAAUGCGGCAGCGAGGGAAGAGGCUGCCGAGCGUGAGGAGAUGGAAACCUUUUACUUCUAUGCCGGCGUAGAGCAACUGCAGCUUGUCGAGGACGAGAGUGCACUCCGGGAUGCAUUAUGGAACGAGCGCGUCUAUUUUCUUCUUCGCAUGUUAGUGAAGGCUGAGCGCGAGCUUCGUAUUUUGAUUCAAGUGGAGUUCUGCAAAGAAGUGGUUGAGGCGACGGAAUGCAAAGCACGACGAGAUAUUUACAAGGCAGAAUACAGCACUCUUAUGGACAUCCUUUUCGUGCAGCUGGCAAGCCCUAUGGCUGCCAGCAUUACUGAGGAGGAGGCGAGAGGGAGGGAGAGAAUCAUGGGACUGCUCGAAGAAAAUAAAUGUCCGUCGGCAGCACCACCGGAUGAAAAAAAUGGAGAACAUAUUUCGAACACCGAGACAUCGCACACUGUGGAUACAACCACUGACGCCAUGGCCUGCACAGAGGGUGUCGCACCGGCCGCUGAGCAGCCUGUGGAUCAAUACCGCGAACUGGGAGAAUUAGAUGCAGCGGCCGUUGUAUCAGUUGAGACAGGGCCAGAUGCACAAACUGUCGAAACAGAGUCUGCUGAGUUGGAUGACCUUCGUGAUGAAAAGGUGGACGGUGUUGGGAAUGUAGAGAUGUAG